ACUUCGAAUUUACGGAAGAGAGAUUCUCCAGUCUUCGUCGCCGUUGCUUUUGAAUUUACGAAAAUGGAGAACAAGGUAGCAGCAAGAAGAUUUGAAGGCAAAGUCGCAAUUGUGACUGCUUCGACUCAAGGCAUCGGUCUUGGCAUCGCAGAGCGCCUUGCUUUGGAAGGUGCUUCGGUCGUCAUCUCCUCUCGCAAGCAGAAAAACGUGGAUGAGGCAGUUGAAAAGCUUAAAGGUAAAGGACUACAUGUUCUCGGAGUCGUUUGCCACGUUUCUGAUGCGCAGCAAAGGAAGAAUCUAAUAAACACGACUGUUGAGAAAUAUGGAAAAAUAGAUGUGAUUGUAUCAAAUGCUGCUGUAAAUCCGACUAAUGUGCCCUUGCUGGAAACAAAAGAAUCCAUCCUCGACAAGCUAUGGGAAACAAACGUCAAAGCAUCCAUACUUCUUCUGCAGGACGCAGCUCCUCAUUUGAAGAAAGGUUCAUCGAUUAUUUUCAUUUCAUCAUAUGGUGGUUAUCAACCUCAGCCUAAUAUGGCUAUGUAUGGGGUUACUAAGACGGCCCUUCUUGGUGUCACUAAGGCUUUGGCGGCUGAGUUGUCCCCAAAUGUUCGAGUAAAUGCUAUCGCUCCGGGUCUCGUACCAACUCGUUUUGCAGCUUUCAUAUCCGCAAAUGAAGCCACGAAAAAAUCAUUUGAGAACCAAGCAUUAUUGAAAAGGCUUGGCACACCGGAGGAAAUAGGAGCCGCGGCUGCUUUCUUGGCUUCGGAUGAUGCAUCUUACAUCACGGGAGAAAUCUUAAUCGUGGCAGGAGGAACCACCUCCAGACUCUAGUUCCUUAUUCUACUCAAAUCAAAUCCAUGCUCUUUACCUUUUUACCCUAUGUCUGUACCCUGUUUCAAUGUAAUAUGCUAUUGAAUAUA